AAAAAAUAGUGUUGCUGUGUUGUUCCUGUGAUGACUACAUCCCUUACCCGCGGAUAGAAGAUGUCCUGGAGAAGGGUAGUCCGUACCCCCAGGUGAUCCUGCCCCAGUUUGGUGGUUACUGGAUCGAGGAUGUGGAAGCACCGACAGGGACACCCACCUCAUCAGAAUCUAGUUUCUGCGAAGAAGAGUAUGGAGGAGGGGGUAUGAGUCCCACUGGAAGCCACGGCUACCGCUUAGAGUGCAACAGCACCGCCCGCGCCUACCGCAAAAACUUCCUAGGCAUGGAGCAUAUGAACUACUACUGUACAGGGAGCAGUAUAGGUAAUCUUAUCAUGUCUCUGAAACAUGAGGAGGCGGAGGGACAGGAGUUCCUUCGAAUCAUGCUCAGGUCGAGAAUUAAGACGGUCCAUGACAGGAUCUCUCUGGCAGGCCUCAGCCUGCUGCCCAGUGUACCUCAGAUAGCCAAGCUUCUGUGUGAUGACGCCACAGGGCUGAAGUUCAACCCAGUCCUGUACCCCAGGGGCUCCCAGUUGAUAGUGGCUUAUGACGAACAUGAGGUGAACAACACUUUCAAGUUCGGAGUCGUCUACCAGAAGUUUGGACAGACAUCUGAGGAGGAGCUGUUUGGCAACAAUGAGGAGACCCCAGCCUUCAGGGAGUUCCUCAGCAUCCUGGGAGAAAACAUUGACCUUCAGGAUUUUAAGGGGUUUCGCGGCGGGCUGGACGUGUCCCAUGGACAGACAGGAUCUGAGUCUGUCUUCACUGUCUUCAGGCAGCGAGAGAUCAUGUUCCACGUCUCAACCAAGUUACCCUUCACUGAGGGGGACAUCCAGCAGCUCCAAAGGAAGAGGCACAUAGGAAAUGAUAUUGUGGCAGCAGUUUUCCAGGAGGAGGCCACACCCUUUGUGCCGGACAUGAUCGCCUCAAACUUCCUGCAUGCAUACGUGUUGGUGCAAGUUGAGAACCCCUGCACAGAGAACACAACGUACAAGGUGUCUGUUACAGCGAGGGAGGAUGUACCUGUUUUUGGACCCCCUCUCCCCAACCCGGCUGUUUUUAAGAAGGGCCCUGAGUUUCGAGACUUCCUGCUGACAAAGCUGAUCAAUGCUGAAAACGCCUGCUACAAAUCUGACAAAUUUGCCAAACUAGAGGGGCGAACGCGAGCUGCAUUGUUGGAUAAUCUCCAUGAUGAGCUGCACCGACAGAGCCAAGCCACGCUGGGCCUGAGCCAGACGGGAGAGGAGGACAAGCUGGAGAAUGGGGGGCACGGAGGUCUCCUGGAGUCAUUCAAGGUAUUAUGGAUGGCUGCUUCACACUGUCUGCAGUCAGUCACCAGGGCCUCAGUUUUCAUUGUUGCUCUGGCUGUUAUUGUAUAUUAUCUGUCCAUAUUAUUGUGAAUGUGUCACAAUAAGAUUA